UGUUUUUUUUCCCUCUUAGAAUUGUUGGAGGAAUUUUGUCCCCUGGUGGAAAGGCUGGGCUUGGAUGAGAAUUUUGUGGAUAUCACGGAGCUGGUGGGGAAAAGGCUCCAGCAGCUGGAAUUUGGUCAUUCCCAAAUCCAAGCGUGCGGCCACAUCUACAACCAGCAAGGGAUUAAUUUACAGGAUCCACGCCACCUCCAACUCAUCCUGGGCUCCCAAGUGGCUCAGGAAUUCCGGAAUUCCCUAAAAAGCCGGCUGGGCCUCACCGGUUGCGCCGGGGUGGCUCCCAGUAAAUUAUUGGCCAAACUGGUCUCGGGCACCUUCAAACCCGACCAGCAAACGCUGCUUCUCCCGGAAAACCACCAGGAUUUGUUAUCCAGCUUGGAGCACAUCCAAAAACUCCCAGGGAUCGGCCACCGGACGAGCCAACGCUUGGAAUCGUUGGGAAUCAGGACGGUGAGGGAGCUCCAGGAUUUUCCAAGGGUUCUUUUGGAGAAGGAAUUCGGUUUUUCCACGGCUCAGAAACUCCGGAAAAUCAGCUCGGGGGAAGAUGAUUCGCCGGUGAUUCCUUCGGGACCUCCCCAGUCUUUCAGCGACGAAGAUUCCUUCCCAAAAUGCUCCUCGGAAGCGGAAGCGAAGGAGAAACUCCGCCAGCUCCUUCCCAACGUUUUGGACAGGAUAUCCAAGGAUGGGCGGCGACCCCACACCGUGAGGUUGAGUAUCCGGAGGUUUUCCAGCCGGGAUCGAGGGAUCCAGCGGGAAAGCCGGCAGUGUCCCAUCCCGUCCCACCUCAUUCCCAAAUUUGGGAAGGGAAAUUCCACCCUCAUCCCCCCUCUCCUCGAGAUCCUGAUGAAACUCCUGGGCAAAAUGAUCCCUCUGGAAUUCCCAUUCCAUCUCACCCUGCUGAGCGUCAGCUUUUCCAACCUGAAGGAAAUUCCCAACCGGAAAAAUUCCAUCAGUUUCUACCUGAAACCCUCGACUUCCAAGGAAGAAAAAGAGGGAAUUUCCUCAGCGAAAAUCCGGAGAAUUCCCGAGGAAAUUCCACCUUUCCCAGGACCUUCAUCCCCAGGAACUUCAGGAAUGCCAUCCCAAGGAAAACCAGCAGGAAUUUUCCCCCCUCCGGGGGUGGAUCCCGAAGUUUUCUGGGAGUUGCCCCCGGAAUUGCGGGAAGAGGGAAUUCCUGGAAGGGCAAAAGGAGGAGCUGCCAGCCAGGAAAUCCUCGGGAACGAGUCAGGAAUGACGUCAGCAAUGACGUCAGCAAUGACGUCAUUGCCGCGGGAAUGGGCGAAAAUUCCUGCCUCAGGAGGAACUUCCUCCAUCCCCGCAGGGGAUAAAAAGCAGGAAGAGCCACCUGGAGGCAUCGACCGAGUCAUCGACGGCACCAGCAGCUGCUCGGGAAGCUCCAGAUUUCCGGCUCCAUGGACAACCAGGCCUUCGAGCUGCAGGGAGAUCAUCAGCACGUUCCCGGUUAUCCCGCUUUUGCCAGCGGGAAACAUCGACCCAGCAACGAGGUAUCGACAGCUCCGGGAGAUGAUUCCGGAUCCAGGGGGGUUGGGGGGAAUUGCUGAUGGAUUGGGGGAUGUUCUCAGGGAGUUGCAGAUGGAUUGGGGAGUUGCUGAUGGAUUGGGUGAUGUUUGUAGGGAGCCUGUGGAUGGAUUUGUGUUUGUAGGGAUUGAAGAUGGAUUGGGUGAUGUUCGUAGGGAGUUGCUGAUGGAUUGGGGUGCCGCAGAUGGCCGUGGCGGCUCGUGGCUGCUGCGGGUGUUCCUGGUGUGCCUGCUGGCCGGGGUGCUGACCACAGCGCUGGGGGUGCUGUCGCUGUCCCUCGUCAUCGUCACCGACUCCCCCACGGUGACGCUGCCGGCGCCGCCGCCGUCGAUGGGUGACGAUUCCAACGACCAGGACCAGGUGGAUGUGAAGUUCCAGUUCCUCUAUCACCUCAGCAAGUCCAAGCCGCCUAAUCAUGAAUUAAUUAAUUAG